AUUGGCGGAGAAGAGAAGCAACAGAGUUGUCAAUAUGUCUGGCGGUGAAAACUUGCAGAAAAAGCUUCAAGGAGAGCUAGAGAAAUAUCAGGCUGCUCAGAAAGAUUUACAGAAGUACCUGUCAGCCAGACAACAGCUGGAUGCUCAGCUCAAUGAGAACAACAUGGUGAAGGAUGAGCUUGAAAAACUGGAAAAGGGAGAAAACGUGUUCAAAUUGAUCGGUCCAGUAUUGGUUAAGCAAGAGCUAACAGAGGCUAAACAGAAUGUACAGAAGAGGAUAGAAUACAUCACAUCUGAAGUAAAAAGGCAUGAUAAUACGAUAAAGGAUUUGGAAAAGACACAAGAAUCCCAUCGUGAAAAUCUUACAAAGUUACAACUCCAGUUCCAACAGGCACAAGUGAAAGCUGCAGCCAGAUCUUAGGGACACCAUCUGCUGCCAGAUCUUAGGGGCAACCAUCUGCUGCCAGAUACAGCUGAUCUUAGGGCACCCAGCAGCUGCAUUUGGGGACCUUUAUGCCGUGGAAUAGUCGAAGAUAUUUAAGAGAAUGGUCAAGCAAAUGAAGAUGUUCUAUGUGAUAAUGAUGGAAAAGGGAAGUUUGUUUUGGAUUUUGGGAAGCCUGUAUUCCCAGUCAUAAACCCUGAAAGCCGAGAAAAAUGUGCCAGUGUUUAAAUAUGGAAGUCAAGCAUUCCUUCAGACUAGUUCACAUAUAUGGCAUAUGAGCCAGCAAGACGCUUGCUCUGUGGUGAUUGAGGCCUCCCGGAAACAACUCUUGAAUGCUUACUAGUGCUAAUCAAUUCAGUAGAAUAGAACAACAUCAACAUAGCUUACAAAAAAUCUUUCGGAUGAAUACAAGAUUUUGAAUACAUGUGUAUAACAAAGAAAUGCCAGGUAUUUUGAUGGCUAUGACUUUUAAGAAACUUUGGUAAGAUGUACGUUUUCUGUCAUGCUGGCUUCCUGGGGUCAUGUGGGAAUGUCUGCCAGCAAACUGCGGAUGGGCGUCUGUUUCAUCGAGACAAGUUCUUCCCAAUAUAAUGCUGGCUGUAGUGGCAUAAGUGAAGUUAAAAUACUCUUGAGUUCGGAAUUAAAACAUCAGUCAAAUGGAUAAAUAAAUUUAUUCUUUGUUAAUGGUUCUACCGGGUUAGACAAUUUCAGGACAAGCAGCUUCAUUAUUAUAUUUGCCGAAUGAAACUUCUCAGGAUAAAAGAUUACUGAGUGGAAGCAGCUUCAUGUGUUCGAAAACAAUUCACACCUGACACACCUGCUUUUACUGUUCAUGGGGACUUGAUAACAAUUAAUCUACUGAGAUCAAGAUGCCAUUUGUAUUCAAGCCUUUGUUCUCAACUUCUCUUCCUCCUAUAAAGUAUGUGUAUCUGUCGUAUGAGAGAAACAUUGCAAACCUCGUUGGUUUAUCGGGACAUUCUCGCUGUGUCCGUUCAAGUCCAGCUCAUGCUGGCUUCCAGUCCGGUCCUACGUGGCAAGAUCUCCAGCAACCUGCGGAUGGUUGUGGGUUUCCCACUGACUCUAUCCAGUGUCCUCCCACCGUAAUGCAGGCCGCCGUCGUAGAAGUGAAAUAUUCUUGAGUACCGCGUAAAAACACCAAUCAAAUAAAUAAAUGAAUAAAUAAAUAAACUGUCCGGUUUCCCCUUCCUAUAAAACAGGCCGCCAUGACAUAAUAGAUGUGGAACGUUCUUGGGUAUUGAGUAAAAAUUAGUCGUAGACAUGGGUAAUGGUAUGUAGAAAGUGCCUUCAGACAUUUCAAAUAAAGGUGGCAGCCCACGAGGCC